CCCGGCCGUUAAGAGCCAACUGAAGCCGACCGUGGGCUUUUAGGUUGUUCGCGAGUUCACGACUUUCACCUCUGUUUCUGUGCUUACGUUGUCCUCUGCUUCACAAGAAUGUGGUACGAAAUAUUACCUUCAGUCGGAAUCAUCGCCGUGCUCAUGUCGAUACCAAACUUCGUCACACCAUACGCCAACAGGCUAUGGGAAGGAAAACCUUACAGGCGUUGCAUGAUUGACAACUGGCACAUCGACAUGUUCAAGAGGGACGAGAGGAUCAGUGGUAUUGAUGGCUACCAGACUGUUGGACUGGAAAACCUACCAGAUGAGCCAGAGAAGAAUUAGAGACUGACAGUGCCACGUAAAUACGAGCUUAUGUAGAUUACUGGCUCAUUAAAGGCGCCACGAGUCACUCUGCAGAUGGAAUGUUGUGCGAACUCUUCAAAAACUGAGGAAUAAAAAGAGGUAUCACUGGUGG